UACUUCCAACAUAUACGUGCCAUGUUAUUUGAAAAAGGCUGAUUUUGUAGCUACAAAUACUUAUAGGUAUGCCGCCACAUGUGCAGCACUAUGCAUCUCAAGUGGUCGGUGACAAUGAGUCCGAUUGGUUGCACAGAAAUGAAGCAUGGCGUAUGCAAGAAAAAUCAGGAGGAAAUAGACCUAUUCUUGUCGCCCAGUCCAAUAUUGCAGGGGCAGGUUCACUCAGCCAAUUAUCAGACCUAACAAACAAUCGCGUAUGCCCAAGCCAAGGCCGCCCAAAACGCACUAACAUGUCAUGGUAUGCUCGAAUGUCUGAAGAAAAUAAAGCUGAGUAUCUACAGAGACAGCGUAUAGCCCACCAACAAAAGAUAGAUGCGGCAAGGAGUGGACUCGACGGGUCUCAACCACCAGCUACUUAUAUACCGAGUUCACCGCAUACCCCAAUGAGCAACGUGACACAAACGCCAUGCUGCGAGUCAGCUAUGGGGCAUGUGUCCACAUCUGCAAAUUUUCAUGGGCAAGAGAGUUUUGUAGCAAAAAGUGCAGAUCCUGAUAAGAGACGGCAUCAACGCAGGGAAAAAUACUCGCUCAUGACGGAUGAACAGAGGGAAGAAUAUUUGCGCAAUAACCGCAAGUAUAAGCAUUGCAGAAGGGAAAGCGGGACACUGUUUGACCACAACGAUACUAUACAUGUCAAAAAUAGCUCCGCAUCUAGCCCACGAACCAAUGCUGCCAUGCACGCACAAUCAUCUGAGCCAGAUCCAGGUGAGACAAACAUUACCGAUGAAUCUGAUCCUCCGGGGAUUUUUGAACCAGUUGAACAAGAUGCUAGGUUCGAAGAAAACACGGAAACCAUGCAAGAGGAAGAAACAGUGCUUGAUGAUGAUGAAGAGUGCAGGAUUUUUACUGGUCUAGGUGAUGUAUUUGAUUCAUACCGAUUGACAACUGAUGUGCCUCAGAGUGAACAGAAUGAUGAUCCUUAUGACUUCGUGUACCACAAUCUGCCAAAGAAGCAUCAUGUUUUGAAAACAGUACCAGACUGCAUCCAUUGUGGAGCAAUGAAGCUACAAUAUGAGGGCCCUGCUUUCUGUUGCAGAAAAGGAAAAGUCAAGAUAGCUACCCCUGAAGUUCCUCAAGAGUUGCGCCAUUUGUUUACAAGUCAGGUUGAUGCUGAUGCAAAAUAUUUCAGAAAGCAUAUUCGAUAUUUCAACACCCACUUCUCCUUCACAAGCCUUGGAGUGACCCUCGACAAGACCGUCAGCAGUGCGGCGAGAACAGGUGUGUAUACAUUUCGUGCACAAGGGGCACUAUAUUAUAAAAUGGAUGAUCUGGUGCCAGGUGAUAAAGGACCUAGACAUCUCCAGCUCUACUUCUAUGAUACAGAUGAAACCUUGGAACAUAGAGUGAAGCGGUCUCCAGAUCUUGAUAUCAAUAUCAUACGGGCCAUUCUGGAGAUACUAAAGGACAACCCCUAUGUGAAGACCUUUAAAAGCUGUGGAUCUGUUCCGAACCUGGAAGAAUAUAGAAUAUCCCUUAACACGGACAUAAGACUGGACCAGAGAAGGUACAAUGUCCCCACAGCUUCACAGGUGGCCGCGAUGUGGGUUGAAGGUCAUCCUGUGGUCUAUGGAUGUUAAAUUUCAUGGAAUAUUUCACGGGGGAUAUUUUAUCCGACAUUCCUAAACAGGUUAAUAUGACCGAUUUUAGAAACAAAUUAGCCGUAAUUUUGGUGGAUUCACAUUUGAACGAUGAUAAUAUAAGGAAUCGAGACUUGAAAGAUGAUGAAGAACAAACAUUUGAUCCUACUGAUUGUGUCAUUGUGGAUGGACCUCCUAAAACAUCAAAACAUCGAAACUAGCGUCACAAAUUGGGUUCAUCUCGCAAUCAUUGCUUCUGUUACCAUCUGCCAAUCCAACAGACCAGGAAUUAAUAGAUGAACUUUGCCUAUACAUCAACACAGUUGAUGAUAU